AUCAAAGACACCACCGCCGCCAACACUGUCCCAUCUGUCGUUGAUAUGAAUUCGCUUGAAAAAGCCUUCUACUGGAAUAUCCAUGACACUCCAGGUAAGCAUCGACGUUGGUGAUGGGCUUACAUUCGCUAGAUUUCCUCCCAUAUCAUGACGUCGUUCACCUUUAUGCUUUGCCUUCCUACUAUGCUUAUGCGGUGCCUUGUCCCUCUUAGUUGGCCAUUGCGACACCACUCUAUCCUGCGGGAUGCCAUGCGCAAUAUCACAAGCCUCCUGAGACUUCCCAGGCCUUUCACGAUGACAAGCCGCCCCAACACGUCCCACUCGCAAGCUUCCGGACCCUAUACUGUCGAGACAUACCGAAGAAGAGAUGACCACAAGGCGCGGACUGGCAAUGAUAACGAGGACAGUUACAUAUUGACUCUGCUCACGGACAACGAGCAUCACAACUUGAUGACGUCCUUACGCGACAAAUAUUUCCCUCGAGAUCUGAACAAAUUGGCUGCACAUGUCGCAUUGUUUCGCGCUCUCCCGGGCUCACAAAUGCCUCGGAUCAUGGCAGAUCUCACGAAUCUUGCACAAUCGCAACCUACAUAUGAAAUAUCCGCGAAGAAACCGUUCCGAAUGAAGCGUGGCGUCGGCAUAUACGUGGACGAUACAUCUGGUUAUACCAAGACCAUUUACCAAGAGCUGAAAAAACGUUGGGUGCCAUUCUUGAGUCAGCAAGACCGGAGCUUCAAAGCGCACUACACCAUUCAAAACAAGGUCGAUGACGAGACACUCGUGGAGCAGACACUGCAAGAACUCAGUGAACAGUUUCGUGGGAGUCGAGGGCAAGUUCUUGGAUUGAGCCUCUACCGAUACGAUCGUGGAUUCUGGAAGGUCGAACAAGAUUUUUCGUUCACAGGCAAAGGCAAACGUUGAGCAGGGCUCACUGGCCUUGGGGAGGCUCGAGCAAUGGCAUGACUGCAUCCGAAGAAAUUGAUCGCUCAGCUUCUACAAGAUGAUCGAGGUCAAUGUCGACAAAGUGGGCAUUCUUUGAACAGAAGUAUAUCCACAAAAGCUGGCUUUCGGGCGCAAGAUCCAGGUCCGCUGUUCGCCUCUAGGAUAUCGGAAUAGACAGCGUGAAAGGAGCUGGCCAAUCCUGUUGGGCAGGGCCUUGACACCAUCGACCAGGUGAACGAUUCGAGAGCGUGAUAUUUGAGACAGUCUCGGCGCCUUUGAAUUAGAUCUGCCGACCCUCCCUCGUUACAAAUCAAUCACUGCCGGCUGUGCGAAAAAUGCUUUCGUGCAUCUAAUGUUCACACUGUGAAUAUGCCUACCC